GCCCGGGGCGGAGGGAUGUGGGGCUUUGGGGGAGGCAGGCUCUUCGGCAUCUUCUCCGCUCCUGUCCUGGUGGCCGUGGUCUGUUGCGCCCAGAGUGUGAAUGAUCCUGGCAACAUGUCUUUCGUGAAAGAAACUGUGGAUAAAUUGUUGAAGGGCUACGACAUUCGCCUCAGACCAGAUUUUGGAGGCCCCCCUGUGAAUGUUGGGAUGAACAUAGACAUUGCAAGUAUUGACAUGGUUUCUGAAGUCAACAUGGACUACACCUUAACUAUGUAUUUUCAACAAUAUUGGAGGGAUAAAAGACUAGCUUAUGCUGGAAUUCCUCUUAACCUUACUCUUGAUAACAGAGUAGCAGAUCAGCUAUGGGUGCCUGAUACUUACUUUCUAAACGACAAGAAGUCAUUUGUUCAUGGCGUUACUGUGAAGAAUCGAAUGAUUCGCCUUCAUCCGGAUGGCACGGUGUUGUAUGGCCUCAGGAUCACAACCACUGCAGCUUGCAUGAUGGACUUGAGAAGAUAUCCAUUAGAUGAACAGAACUGUACUCUGGAAAUAGAAAGUUAUGGCUACACCACAGAUGAUAUAGAAUUUUACUGGAGAGGUGGAGAUAAAGCAGUGACCGGGGUGGAAAAGAUUGAACUGCCUCAGUUUUCGAUUGUGGAAUAUAAACUUGUGUCCAGGAAUGUUGUCUUUGCCACAGGUGCCUAUCCAAGACUGUCACUAAGCUUUAAGUUGAAGAGGAAUAUUGGAUAUUUUAUUCUUCAAACCUACAUGCCCUCAAUACUGAUUACCAUUUUAUCAUGGGUAUCAUUCUGGAUCAAUUAUGAUGCAUCUGCUGCAAGAGUCGCCCUUGGUAUUACAACCGUACUUACUAUGACAACUAUCAACACUCAUCUCAGAGAGACUUUGCCUAAAAUCCCCUACGUCAAAGCCAUUGACAUGUAUCUUAUGGGCUGCUUUGUAUUUGUCUUCUUGGCCUUACUUGAAUAUGCCUUUGUCAACUACAUCUUCUUUGGAAAAGGCCCACAAAGACAGAAGAAACUUGCUGAAAAGUCAGCCAAAGCGAACAAUGAUCGUUCUAAGUUUGAAAGCAAUCGGGUGGAUAUGCACGGGAAUAUUUUGCUGACAUCUCUUGAAAUUCACAAUGAAGUUGCAAGCAAUGAGGUCACCACAAGUGUCACUGAUCCUCAGAAUUCAACAAUAUCCUUUGACAACUCAGGUAUCCAGUACAGAAAACAGAGUUUACAUAGAGAAAGUCUGGGAAGGCGUACAUUCGACAGAACUGGCACCCAUGCUAAGAAGGGUCAUUUACGAAGGAGGUCUUCACAACUAAAGAUAAAAAUACCUGACCUAACAGAUGUGAACGCCAUAGACAGAUGGUCAAGGAUGGUGUUUCCUUUCACAUUUUCUCUUUUCAACUUAAUCUACUGGCUAUAUUAUGUCAACUAA